UGGGAGGCGGCGCUUGUAUUCGUCUCUCUAGGAGAGUUCCAGUCGUCGAGGGAAGGGGAGCUGAGAGGGCAGCUCUCUCUCUCUCUCUCCCCAUUCUCUUCCCCGUCGUCCUUGACAAGAAAAACCUACAGGGUACACCCAGAGAGAGAGAGAGAGAGAGAGAGAGAGAGAGAGAGAGAGAGAGAGAGAGAGAGGGUUUCGGCGGCGUGUUGUGGAAGAGGUGGAAGGGGAGGUGGCCCUUGGAAAGUGAGGGAAGAUGGCGGUGACGGUGGGGCUGGCGCGGCUAUGGCAGCCACAGGAAGAAGGAGCGCGGGAAAUAUGCACCCUGCUACACGAGUAUCAGCAGCCCGGCGUGGAUCAGAAUCGCAUAUUCAUGCAGCUCACACGAUGUAGCACCUUCCCCGAUUUCAAUAAUUACCUCACUUUCGUGUUCUGCCGUGCAGAGGGGCAACCUAUUGAAGUGAGGCAGAGUGCAGGGCUGCUCCUGAAGAAUAACCUGAAGACCGCAUGGUCGGGUACCGCUCAGCAGUUUCAGGAGUACAUGAAGAACGAGCUGCUGCCUUCCAUCGGCGUUGCCAAUCGGGAAUUACGAAGCACGGUGGGGACAGUAAUCAGCGUCAUUGUUCAGCAAGGGGGAGUGAAGACAUGGCCGGAGCUGUUUCCUGCCCUCGCGCAGUGCAUGGAUAGCAAUGACUACAACCACAUGGAUGGUGCGAUGGAUGUCUUGUUCAAGAUCUGCGAGGACAUGCCAGAACAGCUCGAUGUUGAUGUUCCAGGAUUGCCGGAAACCCCAAUUAAUGCUUUUCUCCCACGUUUGCUGAAGUUUUGCACAUCCCAGCAUGCAAAUUUGAGGAAGCUGGCAGUUGGAACAGUAAAUCAGUUCAUCCUGCAUAUGCCCAGGGCUCUUGUAGUGAACAUGGACAAGUAUUUGCAAAGCCUGUUUACACUCGCGACCGAUCCGUCUGCGGAAGUGCGAAAGUUGGUGUGUUAUGGGCUUGUACAGCUGUUGGAGCACCAUCCAGAGUACUUGCAGCCUCACAUGCCAAACGUCAUCGAGUACAUGUUGCAAGCCAAUCAGGAUUCGAAUGGCGAGGUGGCGCUUGAAGCUUGCGAAUUCUGGUCAGCCUUUUGUGAGGCGAGGCUACCACCGGAGUUGUUGAGAGAUUCGCUCCCCAGGCUCGUUGGUGUGUUGCUUAGUAAUAUGGUGUAUGCUGAUGAUGACGAAGCCCUGCUAUCUGCAGAACAACAGGAUGAUAAUGUACCAGAUAGAGAACAGGAUGUGAAGCCAUUUAUUCCUGCGUCGAAACUGUCUGGAGGUGACGGACAAGAUGACGAGGAUGACGAUGAGAUAAUCAAUUCCUGGAACCUGCGGAAAUGCAGUGCUGCAGGACUGGACACACUCUCCACGGUGUUCCAUGAAGAAGUGCUUCCAAUUUUGAUGCCUCGUGUGCAGCAAAGAUUGACCAAUAACACAGAUGCCGCCUGGAAGGACAGAGAGGCAGCAGUACUAGCUCUCGGGGCUGUUGCUGAAGGUUGCAUCGAUGGUCUACGACCGCACCUUAAUCAGAUAGUGAACUGCUUGCUUCCAUUGCUCGAGGAUCCUCGGCCACUUGUGAGGAGCAUCACGUGUUGGACACUGUCUCGGUACAGCAAGUACGUUGUGCAGAGCAUAGACAGUGCAGAAGGAGAGGCUCAGAUGGAGCGGGUGAUGAUGGGACUGCUACGAAGCAUCCUUGACGGCAACAAAUGGGUCCAGGAGGCUGCUUGCUCGGCAUUCGCAACCCUUGAAGAGGAUGCCUCGGACCAUCUGGCACCUCGUCUCGAGCAGAUUUUGCGGCAUUUGAUGUUUGCAUUUGACAAGUACCAGCGGAAGAAUCUAAGGAUCCUAUAUGACGCCAUUGGAACACUGGCAGAUGCUGUACAAGGGGAACUCAAUGAGCCUCAAUACCUGGAGAUUCUGAUGCCGCCUCUGAUUGCCAAGUGGCAGCAGCUGCCCGACUCGGACAAGGACUUGUUCCCGUUGCUGGAGUGCCUAACAUCAAUCGCACAGGCACUCGGGCAAGGGUUUGCACAGUAUGCUGAACCUGUGUUUCAAAGAUGUGUGAAUCUCAUCAGAGUCCACCUUCUGGCAAAGACAGAUGAGGCAAGGGCAGGAAUCAAAUACGACAAGGAAUUCAUCGUAUGCUCGUUGGACUUACUUUCCGGGAUCGCAGAAGGGCUUGGACCAGGAAUUGAGAGCCUGGUGGCAAGGAGUGAUUUAAGGGAUCUUCUUGUUCAGUGUUGUGCGGACGAUGCACCAGAUGUGAGGCAGAGUUCUCUUGCAUUCUUGGGCGAUCUUGCGAAGUCCUGCGUUGUGCACUUGCAGCCUAGGAUACCAGAGUUCUUGCAGCUUGCAGCUAACCAACUGCAAGCGAGGGAUGCGUUGGCACCCGAAAACUACUCUGUUGCAAACAAUGCAUGCUGGGCUAUAGGUGAGGUGGCUGUGAAGGUUCGAGCAGAGGCAGCGCCAAUUGUUUUGCCUGUAGUACGCUGCAUUGUGCCAAUUCUGAACUCCCACUCCCCUGAAAAGCUCAAGCAGAGUCUGGUGGAGAACAGCGCUAUCACCCUAGGAAGAUUGGCUUGGGUGUGUCCGGAGCAGGUUGCGCCGCAUAUGGAGCAUUUUAUGCAGUCAUGGUGCCGGGCACUCAAAAGUAUCCGAGAUGAAGUGGAGAAAGAGCAUGCUUUUCUCGGUCUUUGUGCAAUGAUUCGGUUGAACCCCGCCGGUGCUGUGAGUGCUUUUGUCCCCAUGUGCCUGGCGAUCGGCAGCUGGCAUGAAAUUCGAAGUGAAGAGCUGCGAACAGAGCUUGGACAAGUCCUCCAUGGGUAUAAACAGAUGCUGGGCCCAACGGUAUGGGAACAGUAUAUGCAGGCGUUGGAUCAACCAUUAAGGGAGAAGUUGGCAAGACGGUACGGAAUAUAAUGAAAUGAAGGCGUCGUGAGGCUUGUUUUUUUAUGACAUGCCCACGGAUGGAAUUCUCACUUGAUUGCUGGCAAGUCUCGCAGAAGGCAUAGCCAGGUGGAGAAGGAGGUCCUAGCUGCGUUGCUGGACCACGCUCUAUUAAUGUUAGAGACUGGCAGGUGUGAUGUCUGGUCGACUGUCAGCUGCGCAAGCGGAGAACUGUCUGUUGCCAAUGCCCCCCAGUUAUUCCAGUGUUGUUAACACUUGGAAACAUCUCGGUAAAGAUUGUUAUGGCUCUAUGAAUGGAGUAGACGGGCUAUUUUGUUGCAGGUAUGUGUGUGUGUGUGUGUGUGUGUGUGUGUCUGUGUGUGCAAGUGUGUGUGUAUGUGUGUGUAAGUGUAAGUGUGUGUGUGUGUGUGUGUGUUUGUGUCUGUGCGCCCUAGUGUCUACGUUUGUGUGUGAGAGAGAGGGGGGAGAGGAGAGAAGGUAGAGUUGGGUAGAGAGCAUGUCCCUGGGAUACCCUCGCAGUCCAUGUUGGAUGGCUGUGCUAGA